CAGCUGCAGCAGAAAGCCCCUAACCCAACUGACACUGGCGCAACUGCAGACGGUGUCAUCUGCACAACUUUGUCUCGCUCCUCGGGCUCCCCUCGGGCGCUGGACCCGUCGCCUCGUCUCGUAUCUUUCGCAAAGUUGCAUCGCUCUACAUAUUUUCGCCCCCACCACCUCCCUCUGCCUCUGGAGUGCCCUGCAGCCCUGCAGCCUCCUGCUGGAGCUGCGCCCUAGUGCCCCUGCUGGGCAGUGGCGUUCCCCCCUGGCCUCCCGCGCCCGGCCCCUGCCGCCCGGGGCAGACGAUGCUGAAGAUGCUCUCCUUUAAGCUGCUGCUGCUGCUGGCCGUGGCUCUGGGCUUCUUUGAAGGAGAUGCUAAGUUUGGGGAAAGAGGCGAAGGGAGCGGAGUGAGGAGGAGAAGGUGCCUGAACGGGAACCCCCCGAAGCGCCUGAAAAGGAGAGACAGGCGGAUGAUGUCCCAGCUGGAGCUGCUGAGUGGGGGAGAGAUGCUGUGCGGUGGCUUCUACCCUCGGCUGUCCUGCUGCCUGCGGAGUGACAGCCCAGGGCUGGGGCGCCUGGAGAACAAGAUAUUUUCUGUUACCAACAACACUGAAUGUGGGAAGUUAUUGGAGGAAAUCAAAUGUGCACUUUGCUCUCCACAUUCGCAAAGCCUGUUCCACUCACCUGAGAGAGAAGUCUUGGAAAGGGACCUAGUCCUUCCCCUGCUCUGCAAAGACUAUUGCAAAGAAUUCUUUUAUACCUGCCGAAGCCAUAUUCCAGGUUUCCUUCAAACAACUGCUGAUGAAUUCUGCUUUUACUAUGCAAGAAAAGAUGGUGGGUUGUGCUUUCCAGAUUUUCCAAGAAAACAAGUCAGAGGACCAGCAUCUAACUACUUGGACCAGAUGGAAGAAUAUGACAAAGUGGAAGAGAUCAGCAGAAAGCACAAACACAACUGCUUCUGUAUCCAGGAGGUUGUGAGUGGGCUGCGACAGCCUGUUGGCGCCCUGCAUAGCGGGGAUGGCUCGCACCGUCUCUUCAUUCUGGAAAAAGAAGGUUACGUGAAGAUACUUACCCCUGAAGGAGAAAUUUUCAAGGAGCCUUAUUUGGACAUUCACAAACUUGUUCAAAGUGGAAUAAAGGGAGGAGAUGAAAGAGGACUGCUAAGCCUUGCAUUCCAUCCCAAUUACAAGAAAAAUGGAAAGCUGUAUGUGUCUUAUACCACCAACCAAGAACGGUGGGCUAUCGGGCCUCAUGACCACAUUCUUAGGGUUGUGGAAUACACAGUAUCCAGGAAAAACCCCCACCAAGUUGACUUGAGAACAGCCAGAGUAUUUCUGGAAGUUGCAGAACUCCACAGAAAGCAUCUGGGAGGACAACUGCUCUUCGGCCCUGACGGCUUUUUGUACAUCAUUCUCGGCGAUGGGAUGAUCACCCUGGACGAUAUGGAAGAAAUGGAUGGCUUAAGUGAUUUCACAGGCUCAGUCCUACGGCUGGAUGUGGACACAGACAUGUGUAACGUGCCUUAUUCCAUCCCAAGGAGCAACCCACACUUCAACAGUACCAACCAGCCCCCCGAAGUGUUUGCUCAUGGACUCCACGAUCCAGGCAGAUGUGCUGUGGAUCGACACCCCACGGAUAUAAACAUCAAUUUAACGAUACUUUGUUCAGACUCCAAUGGAAAAAACAGAUCGUCAGCCAGAAUCCUACAGAUAAUAAAGGGAAAAGAUUAUGAAAGUGAGCCAUCACUUUUAGAAUUCAAGCCAUUCAGUAAUGGUCCUUUGGUUGGUGGAUUUGUUUACCGAGGCUGCCAGUCUGAAAGACUGUAUGGAAGCUAUGUGUUCGGAGAUCGUAAUGGGAAUUUCUUAACUCUCCAGCAAAGUCCUGUGACCAAGCAAUGGCAAGAAAAACCGCUGUGUCUCGGCACUAGUGGUUCCUGUAGAGGUUACUUUUCCGGCCACAUCUUGGGAUUUGGAGAAGAUGAAUUAGGUGAAGUUUACAUUUUAUCAAGCAGUAAAAGCAUGACUCAGAGUCACAAUGGAAAACUCUACAAAAUCAUAGAUCCCAAAAGACCUUUAAUGCCUGAGGAAUGCAGAGCCGCUAUACAACCCGCGCAGAUGCUGACUUCGGAGUGCUCCAGGCUGUGUCGGAACGGCUACUGCACCCCCACGGGAAAGUGUUGCUGCAGUCCCGGCUGGGAGGGGGACUUCUGCAGAAUCGCAAAAUGUGAGCCCCCAUGUCGUCAUGGAGGUGUCUGUGUCAGACCAAACAAGUGCCUCUGUAAAAAAGGAUAUCUUGGUCCUCAGUGUGAACAAGUGGACAGAAACAUCCGCAGAGUGACCAGGGCAGACAUCACCUAGAUGAAACACCUUUACCCUGUCCUGUAAAAUACUAAAGUUACAUUUUUCACCAUCUUAAUUGGAAAGAAGGGGAGUGAGAAAACAAACAGUCUUUAAUGUGCUGUGGAUCUAAGCUAGCAAUGUAUCCUUGUGCCAACAUGUAAUCAUUAACGACGGAUGAAAAAGCAAGAAAACAGCCAAUCCUUAUAAAAUUCCAGCAUUAAACAUUUGUAAAAGUGCUUUUCACCAUAGCAAGACUGUCAGAGUAUAUGUGAUUAGAAUGUUGCAGAUUUCCACUGAAUCGAACCUCAUUGGAGAAGAGCUCACUCGUUUUUAACAAAUCUUGGCUAUGUAAGCUGUCACUUGUACAAAUUUUUAAUAUAAAUAAUUCUUGCCAAAUAUGACUUUUAAUGUAUAUGUUCCUUCCAAAGUCAAUGAAAAUACUCUUUGGUUAAUGUAUCAAUAAAUUUUCUGUAAAUGUUCUGUUCAGGUUUCUAAAGAAAUGAUAUGUUCUAACUUAAAACUGCAAAAAGUUUAGUAGACAUUUUUCUUAAAGGUUUUUGAGGCCAGCUCUCCAAGUUUGGAUUUUAACAAAAUUAUAAGGCCUCUUUGCACUACUGAAAAAAAAUACAUCUACUCUUGACAAGUGCAUACCCACUAUAGUUGUCCUCCUUCUGUAAACAUCCAAUCCUCUAAAAUCUAAAUUGUAGAGCAGUAUAGACUAUGCACAACCAGCUGACUUUCCAAACCUGCUCCUUACCUUUAGGAAUAUGAGCCUCAAUUAAAAAGAAAAAAAAAAUCUUGUAGCUAGUACUUCUCUAUUGUUUUAAAGUGAGAGAUUUGCAAUUAAAGUCCAGUGAGCAUUUAUAUAGAAACCACAAUGUAGAAAGAUUGGUUAAGUACACUGCUCUUGUCUUCCAUAUAUGAUUACUUAAGUUUCAAGUGACCUCAUGCCAAAUGGAAAUGGGUUGAGAAAUCUUGGUUCAGUGCUUAGUGCACAAUAGCCUGCAUUAAAAAGUGCAUGCAUAAUUUUGCACAAUUUAGAUUCAAUUGACAGUCUAUUCAAAGAAGUCUCAGGAUUAAAUGAGCAUGGAGACCAAAUUGCCCUCUUACCCCAGAAAAGGGGUGGUCCCUUCUAGUCACACUAACACUUCAUUGGCCCAACAGUGUGACAAAUCUUGCAAUGAACCAUGCAGUAGCCUGCAUCUGUAGGUUAAUAGCAAUCUUUUGUCUCCAUUGCUUUCUCUUCAUAGCCCUUUUACUGAAUUCCAUCACAGAAAGUUUUACAAUUAAAAAAAAAAAUGUCCUGACAACCAUUUUUGUAAAUGGACCUUACCAUCUAAUAGUUUCUUAUUCAACGUGGGUGACAUUAACAAAAUGUGAACUUCUUGUGAGGGAGCCAGCUGUCUAAAUCUGUCAAAUUGUGCAGUUUUAUUACACAUUCUCCUGUUCCUAGUUUCACUGAAAACAAUAAGGAUGCUGCUAUAGAUUCAGCAAAAUCUCAAAUAUCAGGCGUUUCUUCUGAUAUGUUUAACCUCUCUAAGUCUUCCCCAAAAGAAAAAAAAGGUGUUCUAUUGCCAUUAGUUCUAUUAUUUAAAAAAUCUAUAUCAAUCAGAUUUUUUUAUCCAGCUUUUUUCCCAAGUGAAAGAGUCUCAAGUGACUUAGAAAAACAUAUGUGCCCCAGGUGUCAUUGCCUUUUCCAUUGUGAGUCGUUAGAAUAAAAGACCAAGUUCUUCUCAAAAGAAGAUAGCAAGAUCCAUGGACAUUAAACACAAGCAAAGAAAAUAAAGUCAUUGGAGUCAUUUCUUUCUGUUCUUAAGAGAAAAGUAGAUAGCACUGGCUAAUUGAUGGCUACAUAUUUUAAACUAAGUGGUCAAUUCAAAAAAUCUCUUUGACCUUUUCUUUCAAGUAGAUGUUUUAAAUGCGUGACUGUGGAAUUAUCCUCAAUGAUUCAUGAUGAGAGGCAGGUAGGAGUUGGUUAAAAAGUAUUAGCUCGGGAAAAGUUAUUGUUUCAUCACAUGAAAGGCAACAUCUACUCAGUUCAUAAAGCACACAAUCUAAAAUGGAAGAAAAAUGUCCUUGGUGAGAAUACUGAUGGGUAAGAGAAAGGUGAAAUAAGGAACUAGAAAAAGGUAUAUUAUUGUUAUUCCCUUGUCCGUUCUCAAGCUUAAGCUUUGGGUGUCAGUUGAAUGUAAAAUGAUGGGAUGGUAGUUUUAAAUAGUUAGAAAUAAUCUGUUUGCCACUGUUUCUGUCACACUCCUAUCCUGGUUCAUAGAAUCUUGUUUUCUCAUUUAAGAUAGAAGAAAACUGAAUUGGCAGAGCAUGAAAGUGAAAAGGAGGAAAUAUUUCAGAAACUUGAGUGAUGGCAAAAAUGUGCAUCCAUCCAUGCCAUUUCUUCUUGGAAUUUUAUUUGAAUGUAACUAUUAUAAAAAUAUAUCUUUUAUUUUAUCACCAAGAAUACUCAGUUUUCUCAGAUUGAUGAGCUAUCUCAUAAACAGCCAAGAAACCUGCUCAUAUAACAGAUAUGAUACAUACAACCUCAAUAGAAAAUUAUUCUAUUAUUUUCAUGCCUCAGAGCAGUUACUUCUUCCCUAUUUAUUUCUUUGAAAAUAAUUACAUAAAAAUGUACUAACAAUUUUUAAUCCAUUUGCUUUUGAUCUCGGUUUUUAUCUCUGAAUCAUAAAAUACACAACAAGCCUACUAAGUGUAAAAUAUGAGCUUAGAUGCUAUAUGUAGGGUCUUUCAAAGUGCACAUUAAACUUUUAUUAGUCUAACAUUCUGUUAAGUCUCUUAGCUUUGAAACAUAAAAGAGAAACCAAGCCCAGGUUUUUAAGAGGAAAAAUAAGGUAUACCAUGGGCAGUUGUAGUUGACUGAUUAACAAAUUAGUUUGAGCAUUUCUAUAAAAUGUUACCUAUGAUGUCUAUAUCCUCUGCCUCUUUCUCCCUCCCUUUACCUUUCUCUCUCUCUCUC